UACUAUAAAUACGUGGCUGGAGGUGGCAGAGUAAGGAAAAGGAACCCAAAUUGCCACAUUCUAAACCUGCUCUACGUGUUCAGCUCUCCCUCUAUCUCUCCCUCCCUCCAAACCCCGAUUCCCCUUCCGUUCUUCCUCCUCAUUUUCUUGGCAUUUCCAGUCACCACCGUUUUGCCCAUUUCCAUCAUCAAUUUCAUCAUGUGUGGAAUACUAGCAGUUCUGGGUUGCUCCGAUGAUUCCCAGACCAAAAGGGUUCGCGUCCUCGAGCUCUCCCGCAGGCUGAAGCACCGUGGGCCGGACUGGAGCGGGCUGUACCAGCACGGGGACUGUUUCCUGGCCCAUCAAAGGCUGGCCAUCAUCGACCCUGCUUCCGGCGACCAGCCUCUCUACAACGAGGACAAAGCCAUCGUCGUCACCGUUAACGGCGAAAUUUACAACCACGAGCAGCUGCGGAAUCGCCUGCCCAAUCACAAGUUCCGCACCGGCAGCGACUGCGACGUCAUCGCCCAUCUGUACGAGGAGUAUGGGGAAGAUUUCGUCGACAUGCUGGACGGGAUGUUCUCGUUCGUGCUAUUGGAUACUCGCGACAACAGCUUCAUCGUCGCUCGGGACGCCGUCGGCAUCACCUCCCUCUACAUCGGCUGGGGGCUCGACGGUUCGAUUUGGAUUUCAUCCGAACUCAAGGGUUUGAAUGAUGAUUGUGAGCAUUUCCAGUGUUUCCCUCCUGGGCAUCUCUACUCAAGCAACAACGGCGGAUUCAGGCGCUGGUACAACCCGAUUUGGUUCUCCGAGGCCAUUCCUUCCUCUCCCUACGACCCACUUGCUCUCAGGCGCGCUUUUGAGAAUUGCUGUUUCUUACCGCAGGCUGUGAUCAAGAGAUUGAUGACUGAUGUCCCUUUUGGUGUUCUUCUCUCCGGGGGACUGGAUUCCUCCCUGGUUGCUUCCAUCACAGCUAGGCACUUGGCUGGAACUAAAGCAGCAAAACAAUGGGGCUCCCAGCUUCAUUCCUUCUGCGUUGGUCUUGAGGGUUCCCCUGACUUGAAAGCUGCAAGGGAGGUUGCAGACUAUCUGGGAACCGUGCACCAUGAGUUCCACUUCACGGUUCAAGAUGGGAUCGAUGCGAUUGAAGAUGUGAUCUAUCACAUCGAGACAUACGAUGUCACGACUAUCCGAGCAAGUACUCCCAUGUUCCUGAUGUCCAGGAAGAUCAAGGCUUUGGGAGUGAAGAUGGUGAUCUCUGGUGAAGGCUCUGAUGAAAUUUUUGGUGGGUAUCUCUACUUCCACAAGGCUCCUAAUAAGGAGGAGUUUCAUCGCGAGACAUGUCACAAGAUCAAAGCACUUCAUCAGUAUGAUUGUUUGAGAGCCAACAAAUCUACAUCUGCUUGGGGGUUGGAAGCUCGUGUCCCGUUCUUGGACAAGGACUUCAUCAAUGUUGCCAUGGCUAUCGACCCUCAGUGGAAGAUGAUUAGGCCGGAGGAAGGAAGGAUUGAGAAAUGGGUUCUUAGGAAAGCCUUCGACGAUGAAGACCAUCCUUAUCUGCCUAAGCAUAUUCUAUACAGGCAGAAAGAGCAAUUCAGUGACGGUGUUGGCUAUAGCUGGAUUGAUGGCCUCAAAGCUCAUGCUGCUCUACAUGUGACGGAUAAAAUGAUGCAAAAUGCGGAAUUCAUCUUCCCACACAACACCCCAAACACCAAAGAAGCAUACUACUACAGAAUGAUCUUUGAGAGGUUCUUCCCUCAGAACUCUGCCAGUCUAACCGUUCCCGGAGGAGCCAGUGUGGCAUGCAGCACGGCCAAAGCUGUGGAAUGGGACGCUUCUUGGUCAAACAAUCUAGACCCCUCGGGUAGAGCUGCACUAGGAGUUCAUCUCUCAGCUUAUGCUGACACCGGCGGCAGUGCUGCUGCUCAGGCUGCCAAGGUGUCUUCUUCAAAGAUGAUCAACAACAACAACAACAACGUGCCGCCGCGGAUGAUGGAAGUGAGUGCCAAGGAGGUGGCGAUCCAUGGCUAAUAUCUACCAAUACCAUAGGGUGGCUAGGCAAACAAACCAGCUUACUGGUUCUGUUAUGCAUUGUGAAAAUCUGUAGUGAGAGAUGAUUGUAUGGCAUAGGUUUAUCUUAGCGUGCCCUCUAGAAUUGAAUCUGAUCCCAUAUGCUGUUAUUGGGAAUGUGUAUUUGUACUGUUGCCUCUUGUUGGUUUUGUAUUAUAAGGUGUGUAAUCUGUCCGUCUGUUGUUCAAGAUCUGUUUGGAGUUGUGCAUAAGGUAAAUAUAUGCAGGAUUCGAUUUGUGUAUGUAGUAAAGCUUUGGUCAUGUUACCAUGUUUAUGCUCUUUCUGUUUGCUGAAAGAAAUUGACGAUUGCGCCAAAUGAGAAGCACAUGUGAUGAUGAGGUGUGUAUAGUUUGGGCAUGCAAUUGCCAACUUGCUG